AUGAAGUUCACCUCCACCAUCUUCUUCACUCUCGUCGCUGUCGCCACUAGCGUCGCAGGUGCUGCUACUCAGUGCUCCGGCAUGUCUGGCCCCAACGGAUCCUGCCAAGUCGCGGGUGAUUGCGGCGACAAUGCUCUCGGCCUCUGUGGCAGCGCUGGUUUCAUGUGCCAGAACGGCAUGUGCAAGGAAAAGAUGGGCGUAUACUGCGUCGUUGGAGCCGACCAGUGCGUCAUGGGCAGCACUUGCGUGUCUGGCCACCCGACGGUCGGCAACGACCUCGGCGACCAUCACUGCUCUUAG